GUUUAUCGUUACUGUGGUGCAAUGUGGAGUUCGCGUAUCAACUUUACAGAGAUAGAGCUGCAGAUUCAACAGGAGUGGCGGAGAAAGUUUUUUUUUUACAGUGUUUUGUAAGGGAGAGGAGGGCCGAGCUCAAAGGGAGGCUGAUAUUUGGGAAUUCUGAUGAUGAAAUAUGUGGAGUCGUAUCGAAAAAGGGGUCAUGAAUACCUGAACGCAAAAAAACUCUGAGCUGGAGAAUAGUUUGUGAUUCGCCGUGAAGCCUACGAGUGAUCGGACACGUCUGGAGGAGUAACGUUAACUUAGCACAAGCCGAAGUUUCGCUAAACACUCAAAUUCUAGCAAUCAAUGAUGGCAGUAUGGAAAGUCAGUCCAUGCCUCUUAUUCAUCACAACACUUCUGCUUGGACUGUCUUCCGCCCAGAAUCACGGAGAGAUGGGUAUCUCAGUCCCAGAGCACGGGUUUUGCCAACCCAUAUCCAUCCCCCUGUGCACUGACAUCCAAUAUAACCAAACUAUCAUGCCAAACCUCCUGGGACACACCAACCAGGAGGACGCAGGAUUGGAGGUGCACCAGUUCUACCCCCUGGUCAAAGUUCAGUGUUCUCAAGAUCUGAAGUUUUUCCUCUGUUCCAUGUAUGCGCCAGUGUGUACAGUUCUAGAACAGGCAAUACCCCCCUGUCGCUCUUUGUGUGAGCGUGCAAGACUAGGGUGCGAGGCCCUCAUGAACAAGUUCGGUUUCCAGUGGCCCGAACGACUCCGCUGUGAGAACUUUCCCGUACAUGGAGCUGGAGAGAUCUGUGUAGGACAGAACAAAUCAGACCCCGACAUCCCAACGACGGACCCCACGCCAUAUAUACCAGAGCCGUUCUCUCCACGCAUGCAUCAGCCACGCCAAAGUCAGGCUUUCACUUGCCCUCUCCAACUCACAGUCCCUUCCUACCUCAAUUACCAGUUCUUGGGGGCAAAAAACUGUGGCGCCCCUUGUGAACACAAACAGCCGCAUGGUGUGAUGUACUUUAAAGAGGAAGAGAUCCGAUUUGGUCGGCUCUGGGUGGGAAUCUGGUCUAUCCUGUGCUGUGUGAGUACCCUGUUCACGGUCCUCACAUACCUUGUGGAUAUGCGCCGGUUCCGUUACCCGGAACGCCCCAUCAUCUUCCUCUCUGGUUGUUACUUUAUGGUGGCGGUGGCUUAUGCAGCCGGGUUUUUGCUGGAGGAUAAAGUGGUCUGCAUUGACAAGUUCAGGGAUGAUGCUUAUAGAACUGUGGCUCAAGGGACUAAAAAGGAGGGCUGCACCAUUCUCUUCAUGAUCCUGUAUUUCUUCGGCAUGGCCAGCUCAAUCUGGUGGGUGAUCCUGUCUCUCACGUGGUUCCUUUCUGCUGGAAUGAAAUGGGGCCAUGAAGCUAUCGAAGCCAACUCUCAAUAUUUCCACCUGGCAGCAUGGGCCGUCCCCGCUGUGAAGACCAUCACCAUCCUCGCCUUGGGACAUGUGGAUGGCGACCUUCUGACCGGCGUAUGCUACGUCGGCAUCUACAGCACAGAUGCCCUUCGUGGAUUCGUCCUUGGCCCCCUCUUCGUUUACCUCUUCAUUGGAACGUCUUUCCUUCUGGCAGGAUUUGUCUCACUGUUCCGCAUCCGCACCAUUAUGAAGCAUGACGGCACCAAGACGGAAAAGCUGGAGAAGCUGAUGGUGCGUAUCGGCGUAUUCAGCGUCCUCUACACUGUUCCAGCUACCAUCGUAAUCGCGUGUUACUUCUACGAACAAGCGUUCCGUGAACAGUGGGAAAAAACCUGGCACAUGCAGACGUGCAAGCGCUUUGCCGUGCCAUGCCCGGCCAACAACUUUGCGCCAAUGACACCAGAUUUCACUGUGUUUAUGAUUAAGUACCUCAUGACAAUGAUCGUAGGAAUCACGUCAGGAUUCUGGAUCUGGUCUGGAAAAACUCUACAGUCAUGGCGCAGGUUUUACAAGAGGCUGGGCAACAACCAGGGCGAGACGACGGUGUAAACUGAACUUUGUGGACCGUAUGUGAGAAAUACAGGUCAAUAUUGAAAGGAAAUGUGAACUCCAGUCAGGUCACACAUACUAUGCUGAACCAUGCUCAUGGUAGAAGACACUGCUGUGUGUGCCCAGCAUGAUGCUUUCCCAACACUUUUGAAAGCACAACUCCAAAGAACAUGCAUUUUUCCAAUUGACAAUCUCAAAAUGCCUUUUAAACGUUAAGCCUUGGAAACCCUACUAAUGAUUUCAUUGGAAAAGAUGGCAGAACUCUCAUCUUCCAUACUGAUGUGUGGACUUGAAUGAUGACUUUUGUUAUCAGGAGCAUACGCUACCAUGGCAGCCAAAAAUGUCUGCAAUUUAGUCUUGUGCCUUGCAGUACUGAUAAAUUCCCAUUGUUGGAUGAAUGUCUCUUUUGUUUUUUUUUAACAACAUUUUUGGUCAUUUUCUCAUAAAUUACAUAUUUUAGUAUUUUAGUUGCACAUGGCCAUUUAUUUAGAUUUUAGGAACCAGUUCAGUUUAAUGUUCAAGUCAGGUCUCAUCAAGUAAUUUAAUAUUCUGCCAUUUUAAAGGCCUUAGCGAUGUGAAAGAGACUCGCAGGAUUAUUAAUGUUUAGCGGAGAAGUCUGUAUAGGAGGAAAUGUCACCAUGUUUCAUAAUUUGUAAAUAUCACAUUUCUGUCAAAAGAUGUAUGAUGUAUUUAAGCAGAUUCAUUUUGUUUAAGGGCUUUUUCAGUUUCACUUAAUAAAGUGAUUUGAUUUUUUAAA